AUGAUACGACUAACGGUGAUGGAAGAAGGAUCUGAUGGUCCUAAGGACACAUUCACAGUUGUCCCGGGGUUCAUGCAACUCUCAAAGCAAUGGCAACCAGCUUCUCCGAAUGCUUCGUACCAUAUCACCAUGUAUGAGACUGGAUGGCCAGUUAAAGUCACAAGACUCAUUAGGGUUUCGGAAGAAGACACGAAGAAAUGCGCUCGCAUCACAUGCAAUACAUAUGCUCGAGAACGGCCAAAAGAUGGUUCCUCAGACUUCAAUUCCGCAAACCAAAUCAGGAUAGAGCUCGAAUUGCUGGAUCCCUUUUACAUUACCGUUCGUUCUAAUGAUAACUGGAGGCAAUCGUUUCUUCUACAGUUCCACCACGCAUGCCUGAAACUCUUUAUCAGUUUCCUCAACAUCUUGGAAGCAGACGAGAUCGACCAUGCAGAUGAUGCAGCCACAAACCCCAGCAAGGCCGAGCUUCGGCAGUGGAAUUUGAAGACAAUCAUCAAGCGGUCGUACGAAUAUCAAGACCUUGCAGAGAUGGGUCGUAAAUUAAUAUGCACCACGGAAUCUCUGAUUGAUGUUGUGAGAUCGAUGUCUCCAGUCGUUGACACACCACUUCAUACGAAUAAGUUCAUGGCAAUUGACAUGGAAUUGCGAGGGCUCUGUCGGGAGGCAAGGGAGCAACUUCAGAACUUCUCUGAUCGACUUGAUCACGAUCUGAAAUACCUCGAACUCGCACGGAACAUCAAUCAAAAUAGGGGCGUCCAACAACUUACCCUCUUGGCUACAAUCUUUCUGCCUCUAUCGCUCGCUGCCGGUGUUCUGAGCAUGCAAACGAGGUUCAAAGAUCUAGGGACACUUCUGUACGACUUCUUCGGCGUGGUGGUGCUUCUCGCGGCUAUCGUUCUCAUUAUCAUGAUCCUGUUGAGUCUUGUGGCUGUUGUAAAAGAAUUAGACAACUACAACCCGCAACGUCCUCUGAUUGCUGAAAAUCGACCAAAUAUCGCGAUUCCUUCUUCGUAUCUGGAGAACACGAUCGGCGUGCUCCGCAAUAGGGGGGCAUAUACCCACAAGGCGUGGGAAGCGUGCCAGCUAAAGCUGGAGGAACUCGACGAUCAGGAGGCCGAAGUGAAUGUGUUCGCUGUCCUCGACGCGGCAGAGGACGCGUACAACGAGGUGAUCCUGGAUCUGAAGGACUUCUCGCACCUUCAAAGCGAUGCGGAAGAAGACCCUAGUGUUCUCCUUCGACCGGUAGCAGACGUGCUGGUGAUCGACACCUUUUGCACAGAGCUGGCUAAGACCCGCGAGAUACUGUCUGGAAAUGCCACCAGCGAAAGUGGUGAACCCGUCGAACGAUUCACGGGCAUCGACAAGCUUCUUACCCAAGCACUCCCGCAGCUUGAGAAGUUUUUUUUGGAGCAGAACAACACAACCGUCGUGUUCUUGAUGAUCUUGGAGAUCAUCCAACUACAACGCUUUGUGGAGGAGCAGGGGCAGGGCAAGUGGCUCCAGCCUCUGAAGGAUUCCCUUGGGGAUGCUCUAUAUGAGCAAGUCUUGGAGGCUGGGGCUGCCUGA